GAAAACAAACACCUUCUAUACUUAAAACCAAUGGCUCUCCAAGCUCCACUGGACUCCACCUCCUUUCCUCCUGCACCGAAGCCAGCCCCAGAGACCUUGCCAUGGACGCGGGGGAAGCGCUCCAAGCGCCACCACCCCUCCUCCCCUCUCCAAACACCGGAAGAAUAUCUUGCUCUUUGCCUCGUUAUGCUCGCACGUGGCGACGGCCACCGGCGGCCAUCCUCGUUUCCUCCACCGCCGCCGCCGCCGAAGCUUGCUUACAAGUGCUCAGUCUGUGGCAAGGCUUUCCCUUCUUACCAGGCGCUCGGCGGGCAUAAGUCCAGCCACCGGCGGCCAACCAGGAUUGAAGACGUCCGGCUCUUCUCUUCGUUUGCUGGCAAUGGCUCGGUGUCGUCGGGUGGCUCUGGCGGCGGUUCGGAGGGUGGCAGGGUUCACCGGUGCUCUGUUUGCUUUAGGAGUUUCCCAUCGGGGCAAGCGCUGGGUGGGCACAAGCGGUGUCACUACUGGGAGGUGUCAUCGAGCUCGGAUGUGACUUUGAGGGAUUUUGAUCUGAACCUGCCGCCGUUGCCGGAGUUUGGGGUGGAGAGGUGGGCGGCGGGAGGGGGGGAGGAGGAGGUCCAGAGCCCUCUGACUGUGAAGAAGCCAAGGCUUUUGAUUUCGGCCUAAACUUCGGUGUUUUUAUAUUGCAUGGAGGCAUGAAGCUUUUUAUAUGUUCUUUGCUUUAGUUUAUAAAACAAAUAAAAUUGGUUGUGGCGGACUGUGUUGUUGUGCAUAGGAUUAUCGGAAGGAAGAUUUGUUCAUUAUGUGGAAAUGGCAAACGCCAAAGCAAGCAUUUGUUAUUCUUUUUUAAGCUUUGUUUCGUUUCCUCCAUUCUAUUUGGCUCUAAAAAUAUUGACUUCU